AUGUUUGUCCUGCGAAACGUCGGCAAGCUGCUCUUCGGCUCCAGCUCACAGGAAGCCCUCUGCGAACUCCCCCAGGGUCAGCUCUACCUCGUCCGUCCCCUCUCCCCCAAGGGUUACUCCGAGCUCAUCGUCAAGGACGCCGCCAUUCGCGUCCGUCCCACCCACCAAGACUUCCAGUAUCAGCUCGUCGUCCAGCGCGUCUACGAGGAGGGCGAGGCCGAGCUUCUGGCCGAGGAGGAGGGCGAGGACGCUGAGAUCGACGCUCUCGCCUCUGAGCGCGACGAAAAGACCUUCCUGCUCGACGAGGCCCUGCACUUCCGCAUCGAGACCAGGGAAGGCGGUGAGAAGAUCCUGGCUUGGAGGGACCUCAGCGGUGAUACAGGUGACCUCUACGAGUUUGUCUGCGACAGCUCCGUCGCCGACGACGCCGUCGACCGGCUCCUCCGCGUCGCCAAGGAGUGCCAGUAUGAGCGCAAGUACCGCAAGCCGCACACGACUGCAUCCGAAGACGAUCUAGACGAGUUCACCUUCUUCGAAGAGCACCCUAUCCCCGCCGCCAGUCCGCUUCAGAGUCCCACCCUGACCCGCUCCAUCGACAGCUCGUUUGACAUCAUGGCCCCCGCCACCGCCCACGAUGACAUCCCCGAGACGCCCCCGUCCAGGAAGCAUGCCGGUGCCGCGGUAAAGGCCGGGGACGGUGAGGAGGAGGAAGGGGAGCGCGAUGUCGACGACGCCCCGCCUGAGGCCCUCGAGAUCUACGCCUCGCUCCCCGCCGAGCUGCACGUCUUCGACCCCCAGCCAGGUCACUUCGCCCUCGUCGACGAUGCCGCCGUCGCCACCGUCUCCGAGGUCGGCAAGUGGCAGUACUGGCUGACGAUUACCGGCAGGGACAGGCGUUGGGUCAGCAUGUCCGUCCAGGCCGACAUCAAUCCCGUCUUCGACUUCGAGUUCCUGUCCUUUGUAUUCAACCACUUCGCCAACGACGGCACCGCCAGGUCGUGGCUGCUCCGCUUCAGGGAUCAGCCCACACUCGAAAAGUUCCAGGAGGGUAUCAUGCAGGCCGUCUGGGAGAAGCUCAACGAGACUAAGUGGCAAAUGGUCCAGGACAAGGAGCGCGAGUAUGUGCUCGACUCUUUUGGCGAUCUCAGGAUGGACGAUGCCCCGCCGCUCAACGAGGAGGAUGAGGAGGAAGACGAGGCUGGGAGGGCUGACGGAGACGACGACGGAGACGACGGCGGCAUCCGCAACGAAGAGUACGACUCGGACGAGGAGUACGACAACACGGACGUCCAGGGACGUGACGGUGGCGAGGUUAACUCACAGCUGGCCGUGGGAUACAAGCACGACCGGUCAUUCGUGGUGCGCGGGUCCAAGAUUGGUGUCUUCAAACACACGCCCAACAACCGGCUCGAGUUCUCGACCAACAUCUCCCAUCUGACGACGCCCGGCGGCAAGCUCAUGAACCCAAGCAAGGUGAUGCUGCAUUCGGAGGACCGUGACCUGGUCCUGCAGAACGCCAGCGACCCCAACAGUCUGUACCGCAUGGACCUCGAGUACGGCAAGGUGGUGGACGAGUGGAAGGUGCACGACGACAUACCCGUGGUGACGUUUGGGCCGGAGAAGAAGUUCUCGCAGAUGACGGGCGAGCAGACCUUCCUGGGCGUGUCCAACAACGCCCUGUUCCGCAUAGACCCCCGCGCGUCGGGCAACAAGCUGGUGGACAGCGAGCUGAAGCAGUACGCGACCAAGAUCGACUUCUCGGCGCUGGCGACGACGGAGAAGGGCUUCAUCGCCUUGGCGAGCAACAAGGGCGACAUCCGGCUGUUUGACCGUCUGGGCAUCCGGGCAAAGACGUCGCUGCCCGCCCUGGGCGACCCCAUCGUCGGCAUGGACGUGUCGGCAGACGGACGGUGGAUCCUAGCCACGACCAAGAACUACAUCCUUCUCAUCGACGCGCAGCAGCACGGCGACAAGAACGAGGGCAAGCUCGGGUUCGAAAAGGCCUUUUCGGCCGACCAGAAGCCUCGCCCGCGCCGUCUGGCCCUCACGCCGGAGCACGUGGCCCAGUUCUUCCACGAGACGGGCAACACCGUCUCCUUCACCCCUGCCAAGUUCAACACCAACAUCGACGGCACCGAGGAGACGUCCAUCAUCACGGCCACGGGUCCCUACAUCAUCGAGUGGAACCUGCGCCGCAUCAUCAGGGGUAUGAAGGCCCCGUACAAGAUCAAGAGGUACGAGGAGGAGGUCAAGGCCGACGAUUUCAAGUUUGGCUCGGACAAGAACGUCAUCGUCGCCCUGCCAAACGAAGUCAACAUGGUGGCCAAGCAAAGCCUCAAGAAACCCACGCGAGAAUCCAUCAUGGGUGAUCUCAGGCUCGGCGGCGGUCGAUCUUCCGGAGGACGAAAGAGUUAUAAGCUUGGAAGGGAUGAGAUUGUCGACUCACCCUAUUAG